UGCAACAUUUCUGGAUCAGUUGGAUCGGUGUUAAGGCUCUUUCCCAGCACAUUAAAGCAAUGGGAAUAUUUAACUCCAAACCUGCUCCUCCACCACCAUCACUUCUCGAUGAACCAUGGAGGGAAAUAAACUGGGGAGAAAGACAGAGUGCCCUGCAGUCUGUUCAGGACUUCAAACCUCAUAUUAAAGGCCUGCAGCUCCGGAUUCUUCUUCAUGGGCCGGUUGGAGUUGGAAAGUCCAGUUUCAUCAACUCUGUUAUCAGUGUCCUAGAAGGGAAAAUGUGCAGACGGGCUGCAGCCGAAAAUGCCAACAAAGGCUGUUUCACCAAAAAGUACACAACCUACAAGAUCCAAAAUGGAUCUUUUGUCCUCAAUGACAUGAUGGGUCUAAAAAACGACACCCGCAGAAACAGAAGAAUCCACGUGAAAGAUGUCACUCGGUUGAUGAAGGGACAUGUGAAAGACGGUUAUGUGUUCAAUCCUGAAUGUAAGAUAUCAAAGGAGGAUCGAUACUACAACACAUCCCCAACUGUGAACGACAAAGUCCAUGUUCUGGUUUCUGUUAUUGAUGCCAACACAUUGUCUCUGAUGAAGAACGAAGUUCUGGAAGUAAUGCAGGACAUCAGAGAUGAGGCCAAUGAACUGGGAAUCCCUCAAGUGGCCAUUCUCACCAAAAUUGACGAGGCCUUUCCUGAAAUCAAAAAAGAUAUAAAGAAUGUCUACAGGAGCAUAAAGCUACGUGAAAAGACAUAG